CGUAAAACCAACAGAACAACUCCAUUGAAGGCCUAGGAAGGUCGCAAACGGUUCGAAAUGCUCGGUGAGAUAUGCGACAAUAGCACACGGUCCAUAGUUAUCGAGAACUACAUCGAGGGCUAUGAUGUUCACCAACUCAGUGAGAUCAUCAACCGAUCGGUACGAACCAUUUACAGGAUUGUCAAGAGAUUCGAGGAGGAAGGCACCCAUGAGCGCCUCCCUACCACGCACUGUGGUAGGACGCCUCAGAUUGACUCCCGCAUAGGCAUGCAUAUCAAGGCCCUGUAUGAUCUGAACCCUACCCUAUACCAGGAUGAUUGCGCAGAGUUUAUGAACCAGGAAUUUGCCACUUCACUAUCGAAGUACCAUCAGAACGGAACGGCAUUUUACGUGCGCAACACGCCAUAUCAAUGGCUGAAUACAGUCAAGAACAACUGGUCUUUCUCGAUGAGUCUGCUGUCGAUGAGAGGACUGCUACCCGGAAAUUUGGAUAUGCGCCAGUCGGUACUAGGGUGAUGGAGGAGAGACCGUUUGCUUGAACCAAACGUUGGAGCAUAUUGCCUGCACUUACCUCGACAGGGCUGCAUGCUUUAUCGGUCUUUCAGGGAUCCUUCAAUGCUGAUCGAUUUGUCGAAUUCGUCGAACAUGAACUGCUACCAAUUCUCAACCC